AUUUUAAAAAUCCUAAACCUAACUACCUCAAGUCCCAACCCUCCCUUCUGCUGCCUUCACCUCCCACCCCUACUGCUCACCGCCGACCGCCGCAGGACCUCCCUCUGUCGAGCUCCGGCGCCGCCGCCGCCCAUUCCCUCUGCUGAUCUCGGCCGCCAGCGCUCAGGAGAAGUCGUCGCCGCCGAGGUAAUUUUUUGUUUUUUUUUUAAUUCGUUGUCGCCGCCGUCCGACUGGCCGGAGCGGUCUGGUCUGCCAGCUAGAGAGGCUCAGUGUUACCUUCUUUUGCUGCUUGGGUCUACACUGUUCGUAGAUAAGAGUAAGAACCGCGUUUCUGCUGUUGUCAACUUGUUUGUGAAGAGGCCGGAUAUGCUAGGAGAGUACGUGUGUGUGUGUGUGUGUGUGGGAGGGGGGGGGGGGGGGGGGGGGGGGGAGGAGCACUUGCUUAUCUGUACAGGCAGCUUGGUAUUGCCUCCUGGGCAGAGGCUAAGGGAGUGGCGGAUUGUCUGACUUUACUACAGUGUUGGAUUUACGACCACUUUCCUACCUUGAGGCCUAGAUGGUUAGAGCCACGAGAGCUGGAGCAGGGGCAGGCAGGAGCAUUCAGGUGGCGCGGUAUCUCACCCCAGUCGACGAAAAAGAGGGAUGCACAUAUGAUGGCUUAUUAUCGCUAGGCGAUUGAUACUUUGACCCCUCAGUCAGUUUGUUGGACUCCGUAUGGUCAUAGUCCUCAUCUGACGGUGAGACGUACCUUGUAUCAGGGUCUGCUCAAAUUUGCAGAGAUAGUAGAGCCAUAUGAUCCCACUAGGUGGCUCCGACAGUUAGGCUACGUGCAGAGUGUACCGUAACCCCCGGAGUGUCCGCUUGUUGUGCGUAGACCUGCUUCCACGCUUGGAUACUCUCUUAGCUACCAGUCUGUUUAUGAUUCGUGAUGGAACAACUUGGGGGCGCAUAGUGUGCAUCUGGACCUUAAUUAAACUAAUUGUGCUUCAAUUGACUCUACAAAAUUAAACUAAAUGCCAUAAUUUAAUUAACUCUAUAAAAUAAUGAUAAUUUGACGAUAAGAAAAUUAUUUAAAUAUAAAUUAUUAAACUUCUUUAACUCUACGAAUUAAAUCUAAACACAAUAAAAUAAUUAGCGCUACAACAAAACACAAUCGCUUAAUUAAACUAAUUGUGCUUCAAUUGACUCUACAAAAUUAAACUAAAUGCAAUAAUUUAAUUAACUCUAAAAAAUAAUGAUAAUUUGACGAUAAGAAAAUUAUUUAGAUAUAGAUUAUUAAACUUCUUUAGCUCUAAGAAUUAAAUCUAAACACAAUAAACUAAUUAGCACUACAACAAAAUACAAUCGCUUAAUUCAAACUACAUACAUAUUAACUAUGUAAAAUAAAAAUAAAAGCAAUAAAUUAAAUAUAAAUUAUUAGCUUUAGAAUUAAUAAUAUGUAUCAAUUUUUUAGAAAAAUAAUAAUAAACACUGCCGACUAUCGCCGUCCACUCGCCGGCAACGGGCGCCGUCCGCUCGCCGGAGGGGUCCGCCGCCGGCGUCGGGCGCCAUCCAAAGACGGCGAGCGGACGGGAAAAAAAAUACAGGAGGCCAGGCACGGGGGUUUACCUGAUUCGCUGGUACGACGAUGUGGUACGGCUGCCGUCCAGUGGCCGGCGAAUUAUGCUGACGAGAUUGGUCCGGUGGCCGGCAACUUAGGCUGUCGUCCGGUGGCCGUGAAUCUGGGUAUGGUGAUUGUGGGGGGUUGGUGGUCGGGUGGUGUGUAUGUUGUUUAAAAAAAAAUUCAGAGAAUAGAAUAUAAAGAAAAAUUUGGAGGGCAAAAUUGUCUUUUUAGUAUAAUUUACAGACGGUAAAUAGUAAUUACCUGGACGGCAAAUAGUAACCUCUAUAAGUAUCCCAAGCUGACAAUUAGUUUACAACCCCUUACUCGAAUUUCCUUUAACCUUUUGUUUUGCCUGCAUAAACCGAAAAGGAAAAGAAGAGUAACAUUCUUAAAAAAAAAAAAAAGAGAAACAAAGAAAUAAAUGAGAAAUGCCAUCAUCAAUCCCAAAAAUACGAAACACCAUCUCACCGAAAAAAAAAUGAAAUACUUAAUUUAAGAACUAAUCAUCAGUCUUCUUCGUCCUGAUGUAAAAUGUCACUCGGACUCAUUCCGUCCUUUUAACCAUUGUUUGGCUAUAUUGCAAUUGCACAUAUUGAACUAUAAUUUCUAAGAUAUUUUUCUACUUUUGUAAAUAAAAAUUAAAAAUCAUAAACUCCGAUGUUCGCUACUUUUAACCUAGUUUAAGAUAUAUUCAUUUUGUCAAGUAAAGAAGAUUCAGAUUGUUGACACAUUAUGUGAAGCUAAUCAUAUGACUAAAUUUUCUACCCAGCCCAAGAUUUGAUCUUGCCGUUCAAACUUAUUCUUUUGAUUGUAAUGAUACCAAACUUCAGUCUUGCCUCGACAAUGCUGUUCUUGGGUCUCUCCAAUCUCAUUUGAUUGAUAAUACAAAUUAGGAUGUCAUUUUGCACCCUAUUUUUUACCAAAACAAAAUGAGAAGUGUGAACUAAUUGACAACUAUCUUCAAUGUAUUUGAUACUAUACUAUAUCUUCCAAUUGCACUAGUUAAACCGCGUAUUAGUGACCAUAAACAUGAUCUUAUUAAAAUCACUAUUUCGUUAUAACUCUUUUUUGGACAAAUUAAUCUCCCCGAUUCAAUCUAUCAUAUUACACACAUAAUCAAUUUCACACCAAACCUUGCCAACUGCACCAACAAUUAGCUAAAAAUUUCAUUCGUCACUCAUUCACUAUGGCCACUUAAUUAUCUAACCAAUGAUUAGGGAAGACAGGUACCCGAUUUGGCACUUAAUCAUCAAACAACUAGAUUUGGAUUGGAAAUAUUAAAAAGGCUUAAUUUUGAGACGAAACUUCAGUCAAAGCACUACGCAUAAGCUAGCAUUAUACUAUUCUAUUCUCCCAAUUUCUUGGAUUCAUAAUGUCAACACACAAAGCAAAAAGCACCAUUAGGUGCUAAUCAUGUCAAACCUUAAAAAUCUUUGUAUAGGUUUUGAACUUUGAACUAAAAACCAUUCAAAUAAUGGGAUGUGAAUUUAAGUACAAAUAGUAGCUAGUAGUUGUCAGAGGCUAGCUGUCGACUGGAAACUAAUCCCACUUUGCCUAAGCUCUCUUUCUUCCUAUAUUCAUUAAAUUGCUGCUUUGAAAAUGGACUGUAAAUUGAACAGAUAUGUGCUCAAAACAAUGAAUUAUAACAACACUGCGGAAAGUCAAGUAAUUGCCGGCUUGGCAAUUUGCCUAACAUGCCCAGAAACGAACACUAAUCCAAGGAAAGUGCAAUUAAUCACCGGAAAGCCUCUUUUGUGGGUUUCCUAAUUGAGAUGGGAAAUGGAAACAAAAUUCAUGUGGUAAGGUUUGGUGAAUGUAACAGUUCCAUGUCUCUCUCUCUCUCUCUCUCUCUCUCUCUCUCUCUCUCCUCUUUUGGUUAGAGCUGAGAGGGACUGUCUCCUUACUCUUUGGAGGAGAUGGAUGAAGGCAAAAGUGGAGAUGAGAUUUUAUACUUUGGGCUUCGGAAACGUGUUCAAUAUCACGGUUUUCGGAACUACUAUCUUAAAUCUUUACAUGGGUGGGCAACAAUUAUGCUUACAGUAGUUCGAAUUGUAUCAUAUCAAAUAUAAUUUUAAUUUGGUUUCAAUCCUGAAAAAUUAUCGUAAAUAUGAAGAAAAAGUAUAUCGAAAUUGAAUUUGAACCAGAUCGUAUCAAAUAAAAUGAAUCAAACAUGCUUUUGAUUCGGCUAUGAUCCUCAAUUUCUCUUUGAUUUUGAUCCGAUCUUAUCUCAAUUCGACUCGGUUCUAGACCAAAUCUACCAAUGCCUACCCAUGGACCAAUGUGUGAUUUGACAAGUUCCCCCUUCCUAUCUUUCUUCACAGUCGAAAUAUCAUCCUUUUGGCCUUCCUCCUUAGCAAUGUAUCUUGUUUAUCAUCAUCUCUUUAUGACCUUGCGCACAUGAUCGUAUAACGAAUUUGUGUAUUCGCCUUCCAAGUUUUCAAAAAAGCAAACCCUAUUCUGUUUCUUCUUCUUAUUUUAAUGUUGAUUCCAUUUAUUGCUAGAGAUGACUGAAGUACGAGUAUAACCUAAGAAAGGGAAAAUAACAUCAAUGAUUUGGAAUUAUGCAAUGAAUAGGAUUUAGUUGAAAUAAAUGCUUGGUUGAGUCAUUUUUGUAAAUGAGUAGUCCUAUAAAAUGAGCUGUGUGUUGUAAUUGCAAGAAUCAUCGUAUAACAAAAACAUAUUUUCCCUUCUCUUUGCUUAUGCUUCUCUUCUACCUCUAUUAUGUCUUUCUUCUUCUCAAUCAUCCUUUCUCUUCUCCAUCUUCUUCGGUAUUGCUUCUCUUCUGUUGACUUCUAGCAACUUAGGCGCUCUACCAAACACCAUUUUCAAAGUUUUGUCGAGAAUUCAUUGAUACACAAAAGAUGGGACAUUACAAAUUGGUAUCAGAGUCUUUUCUCGGAAACCAUGGCAAAGACAAUGCGUUAGGACAACAAUGAAGGACGAUUUCACCUAUUCAUAUAUUGAAUGGCAGAGAUGCAUCAAGCUGGACACGAGCUUGUUAUAACUAAGGCAGAGGAACUGCUUAAUAGAUGUAAUCUUGCUUCAAUUAUCAUCCCACAACUUGCUUGAUAAAAUUUUAAGCUGGUUGUUCACCAUCUGUUGCAGGAUUCUCCACUCUUCAUCAAAGAUCGUUAGGUGGUGUGAAUUUCAUCACCUCCUUUGUCGGCAGACUGCUGUGAUGCCCUACCCUUUUCCUGGAAACUACGGCGACGAGCCUACUUCUUUCAUCACUAGAAGAAGGGUUUGAUGUCAUAUGUCAUUAGGCUGCACCUUCUUGAGUUACCUUGACAUAACCAAAGCAUCAAGUUGCAUAUUUCAAGAUUCGACACAUCCUUUACAAUUAAGCUCAACUAUCCAUAUUCCUCCAUCGCCAGCGAAAAUGGUGUGACCCUAUGCGGUUUAUUAAGAUUGAUUGCACAACAUCAAUUAACUAACCCAUCUUGAGUCAAGUAUAACUCAAGACAGUGUUUCUAAUAUAGUGGUCAACCAAGAUUGUAUUUCACGGAUUUUGUUACCCUAGGCUGGGCGUUGAGUUCGGAACCUAACAUCUUGGUCAUGAUCCAUGAUUUCAUAUUCGUUAAAUAUAUCGCGGGGUCGGACAACUAGGACUGUGAUUCGACUAUCGAAAGUCCGUGGUCCUUCCUUGGUGGCUACUCCUAAAGUUCGCGCCCUAGGCUUCACACUUCACGACCGCGAUCUCGGUCUUGGAGGCUGCAAUCUUCGUGCUCUGCUUCACUCCCUCUCUUUAUGGCCAUGAUGCUUGCUCUUGGUUGCAAUCUCUCAUUUUUGUCAAUAAUCCUAUACUUAUGACCCCCUUUUUGCACCUAAGACGUCCAUAUCAUCUAGAACAACUUUAAUAUGACAAUAUUCUCUUCGAGGAAUGAAAUAGGGAUGUAACAGAGAUAUAUCAACCAUUAAGACCACGAAAUAACUCUAAAUAUGAAGGCCAAAUAACACCAUUUUGGAUGUUAUCAACUCCCCCACACUUAGGUGUUUGCUUGUCCCCAAGCAAACCUACUCAAACUAGUACAACUUGAUAAACAAUCAACAUGGUAUGAGCUAUAGUUCUUUGUUGCACUAGUUAGAAUAGUUGGGGUGGAGUGAAAAAUUACUCCCAUCUCACUAUGAAAACACAAACUCCGAUAUGAGGAUCAAGUCGACUAAAUGGGUCAAGAUAUUCAACGUGUGCGCUGGGGGACUCAAAAACAAUAAAAUCAAUGAACUAUUUGAAGGUUCUAUUUAUUCUUUCUUUUCAAGGUAGUACUAAAUUUUUUUAUUCUCCUUUUUAAACAUUGCCGCACUUGGCACCAAACAUUUUCAAUUUUGCAAACAUGCAUCUCUCCCUCGUGAACAAGAGCGAAAUUACAUUGCUUUCCCUUUCACUGCUCGAUCUGGGGAACAUGAUGUUCAUUCAUUGCUCGAGCGCCACUUCCCAGCCUGCACUCCUCGUCUGAACGAUAGACCGGUUGCCACACAUGUCGGGUACAAACAAUAACCAAGGUCUCAUGACUCGCUUAGGGGCACUCUAACUCCUCUCCAUAUGAGUCCGUGAGAGGAGAGCUGUUUGGGGGAUGGAAGGUAGUAAAAGAUGAUUGAGACACGAUAAAGCUAUCUGAACCCCAAAAACAUCCUUAAAUUGCACUCCAGACCAAGAGAAAAGGCCUUCGACGGCUCAACUCAAACACUAUGCCGGGUCGCCUCUCAUGUGAGAACCUCAAUUUUCAAACGAUUUUUUUUUCAAAGUUGAGCACAUUUGGAAAACAUUUUUUAGUCCAAAAUAGGUAGAGAGUCCCGCAGACAUUUCUUUAUCUAAGUAGAGAACAUUAUCAAUUAUUCAACUCACCAAAGAGGAAGAUAGGAGUAAAACCCCUCAUACACCGACAACUCUAGUAAAUGCAAACUACUCCCUGUAAAUCACACCACAUAGACUAUUUAACAAUUCUAAGCACAUUGACGAGGUGGAGGCUAGAGACAAGAUGUUUGGAACCCUCAAAUUUGAAAAAAAUUGGGUAUAUCAUUAAGGUUCCAAACACAAAUUCUAAGCCAUUCAACGCCACAAAACAAAACUAAUUGAUAACAAACACUCCCAUACACAAUCAUCAACGUCUUACAUUCAUAAUCAUAGGGAGGCUACUACAAACUAUGGCAAAAUCAUCAUCAAUAAUUCAAACAUGCAUACAAUCCCCCCCCCCCCCUUACACACACUUAAGAGACACAUUGUCCUCAAUGUGAGAGAAUAAAGGCAGGUUCACGAAUCGCUACCGUAAAGUGUUUUGGUGGGUUGGUGUAUGUGCACAAGUGUAGGUCUUGGUCUUCCAUAUUGGUAUUGAACAAUAAAGCCCAUAAGAAAAAGAGGAAAUCAAUGGUUAUGGGCCAGAAAAUAACAAAAUAAAAUAGAUAUAUAGAUUUACUACUACUAGAUAAUUAAAAGUACGAAGUACAUAAAUAAAAAGCAUCAAAUAGACAUUGUUUAAAGUCAAAAGAAAUGAAAGAUAAAAAAUAAGAGUUGGAUGCCUAGAACUUAAUGUUGGAAGCAGCAUGACAAUGAACAAAGAAUGAUGCAGCUUCAAACCUAAGUUAGUCUCGCAUAAAUGUACAGCCAGCUCCAGCUAGAAGAAGACACAAAUGGAAAUAAAAGAUUGGUACAACGGUCAUCUCGAAAGAAGCAAAAAAUAUCGAUUCACCAACCAAGAAUCAAUCAAGUAAAAUAAAAUGAGUAAAGAAGGUUAAUGAAGCAAUCAAUAAACACAGUAUAAAAGGAAGAGUCGAGUGGCUAGAUUAGGCAGACUUUUCGAGUGGAUCAAAAUCAGAGUGCUAAGGUGUGUGAGCAAGACUUUGAGUGAAAAGUCAGCACAAGAAUCAGGGAGAUUUAUGGGUAUAGGUAUUGUGCAAUACCAAGGUUCUAUUAGCUGGGUAGUUGAUAUGUUAGUUUCUUCGAUUGAGCGGAGAGCUAAUUGACUGGGUAUUUGUAACUUUGUGAGCUUCAACGAAACAUUUGUAGUACAGCAUCUGAGAUCACACGGCGUGAGUCUCAGACCAUGGAACAGUCAUUGGGAUCCUUAUUCUCCCAAUAAUGGAAACGACAUAAAAAUUUGUGUGUGGUGUCAUCUCUUUUAUUCUCUGUGAUUUCAGUGUUCUUGCUCGUUCUUGUUUUGCUUUUGGUGUUUAAAUUACAAGGACUCUGUCGAUCAGUGGAAUAAAAAAACUAACAUCCAAUUCUAGUUAAUAAAACAUAGCACUGCAUUCUUAGUAAGUUAAGUUCCUGCAGACCAUUGCGUUGGGCUCACAAUUAAAAGGAAAGGAGAACGCUCUUAGGCCAAGUCACAAAGCCCAAUUGAAUUUGUCCACUCGAUCAGCAUACACACACCCAAGCUAAGUGUUACAUAAUCUAUUUUCGAUCAAAGCUCUAUUCAACCUAUCUCCAUUCACGUGUUCUUGGUAAGAAGAAAGUCGAUCAAGUCAUUACAGGUGCUGGGUUUUUUAUUGGAUGAAGAAAAGAAGAUAAAAGUCUCGCGCUCAACGCACCAACACUUAAUCGUCUUCGUGGUUGGUGUCAAAGUUGUCCUCCUCCUUAACAUCAAGAUCCUUAUCUUCACAGACUAGAUCAUAACCUUCGGAUGGUGGUGAUAGAGGAAACUAUUUCUCUACUAAUUGAGAAUCCAUCUUUAUCUCCUUCAUAAUCAUAUGCAUGAUGCCAACAACAUGCCUUCUAGCCUUCCUUUCGCGCUUGAGCAGGAAAUGAACCUCCCUUUGAAUGUCAAGAAGUUGGGUGUUAUGUUCGAUAUGGUUGGAAAACGGUCUAGUUUGGUUUAAUCGACAUGAUUUUACCCGGUAUUUUAGAUGAUAAUCGUGCUAACUCUACAACUGAAAAUUGGAUUGAAUUGAAAACGGUUUCAACCGUGACUAGAUUGGAUUGAAAUCGGUUCAGUCUAGUCUUAACCCAAAAAUAUAACCCUUUACCCCUAAAAUGAUGUUGUUUCAAAAAAUUAAAAUGAAAGAAAAAAAACAAAUAAAAAUCACACCCUAACCCCUCCUCCCCUCACAUUCCCUCUGGAUUCUUCCAGACCCUUCUCUGUCCUCCUUGGUCAAUUUCCUUUCUCUUUCUUACUUAUAUGUUUGAAGUCUCACUUUGUCUUCCUCACCUCAUCGUUGAUUCACCGCCCACCUUCCAUCCAUCUUCUCAACCUACAUCACCGAUCGCUGCCUCCCUCUCCUAGGUUCCCGAUUCCUCAACUCAACUAGGCAAAUAGAUGAAAAGAUGAGAGUCUUCGUCGUUGCCGCCAUAAGAUGAGAUUUGGAGCAGAUAAAGGCGGCGAUUGAAGAGUUCCUAUGGCGGAGUGGCAAUGUUUGGCUCUCGAUUGGUCGCUUACGGGAGUCACUACGACAUGCACAUCCCACUGAUUGGUCGUCGGCAGCACAAGAGAAGUCAGAUCGAGAGGAUGGACGAUGGAGGGACGCGGUUGGUUAGUUAUUAUGGCGGAGUGGCUCUCAGAUGGCCACCGAUGGGAGUCACGGGAUGCGAUGGAGGGAGGCAAUUGACCGGCGGGAGCAGCUUAGAUUCAUUUCUUCUUGUAGUUCUAGGUGGGGCUUCUGAGGCAAUAUGCCCUUGAACGACCUUUCAGAAAUUAGGCACCUCGAGCGUUGAAAAUAGGAAGGAAAUCAACGAUGUUGGCACCAAUUUACCUUGAGUUUACGAACAUUGGGAAGAAAAAAAUAGAAUAUGUUCCUCGUUCCCUUUUCCAAAGUUUGCAAGAUCUCCCCAACAACGCUGUCAAAAUUUGACACGUCAUGUAGUGUGGACCAAAUUUAUCUGGUCAUAAGGCCACGAUCAUAUUCCCUUACGCCUCUCGCAUAACCCUUACUUCGGAAGUGAGGUACGGUUCUAUUGAAGAAGAUGUCAAUUUAGAAGGCUGAGUUCCUCCGAUUUUGCAGAACUUAGGAGUUCAAAAUGUAAAGUAGGUGUAGAAAAGUAAAUCUAUGCUACUGGAGAAGCAAGAGAGCAUGAAAGGAAGGCGUUACAUAGGCUUCAUUCCCCUUAGGUCUUCUAAUCAUGCGAUGUCACGAUCUAGGUUAUGCCUUGCCGUUCUUAAGAGACCUCGCUUACCGCUGACCCAAAGGCAAGUUCUUCCCGAGUUGUAUGUAUCAUGUCAUACAACUUUGUGUGCAUAUUUUUCUUAAAUAGCGAUGUACAUCAUCCCAACGUAUGCAAGUAAACAUGUCAAUAUGCACGGGUGAACUCGCAUAAGCACGUGAUUCUAUAAUCUUGAAUCGCGACCUUGAUAUUUGGCGCAUACGAGCUGUCUCAUGAGGUUCGAUUGAAUUUCUUCAUUGUGUUGAAGCAUUUACCCGAACUUAUAGGCGACAAGGUCCUUUAUAAUUUCUUUAUCGAGGCAACACGCCAUUUGAUCUCAUGAGGUUGGAUCGAGUAAGACUGCUAUUUCUAGUCGCAUCAUCAAUGACUAGGAUUUGGAGUCUUGCACUUUAAAGGAGUGCAAGAUCGACAAAUCAUUCAUUCGAAUGAACAAAUAAUGAAACAGGGGAAAUCAAGCAUCACAAAUAUGAAAAUCAAACAAUCGUAUUAACCAAAUCAUCGAGUUUACAUGGCUAGAACCAUACGUGCCUACGCAACUAAGAAGCUUAGUCAACGAUGGGGGAGUUGUCCUAGGUGUUCAUCAUUGAAAACGAAGACUCCGAGCACCACAAGAAUCGGCAAACAGAACAAGGAAAAUGGGUCCAGUGGUACCGAUUUUACCACUGAUUCUCCCUCGAAUGUGGCAUUGCUCUAAGUUAAGAGGGUUGUUCUGUCGGCAGAGUAACGAUCCUUCCUUGACUUCUUGUCUCUCCCUCUCCGAACUCUAGCUCGAGAGCCCUAUUUAUAGUUUUUCCAUUAGGCUUUACAAGGAGAGAAAACUGCCCCUACUAUGUCAUUUGGCCAAUAAGACGCCUUCAAACAUGUGGCUAGCGAAUCAUACUGCUUCUGCACAACUUCUUGAUGAAGUGGUUGACUCCAGCAAAGCGGGAUUGUGGCCAUCCUUCCUUCAUAUAAAAUGUCGUCGUUGGUGCCUAUUCUCUUUGAUGUCUGGUCUUCAAAUUCUUGCUCAAACAACUUCGGCUAGAUGUCCCUACGGCUUCCAAGUGGCCCACUAGGCUGCUCGACCUUGAAAAUGCAUAAAACGCUAUCCAAAAGCACAUCAAAAGUAUAAAAGAAAUCAUAGGGUUGCUAGGAUGCACUUGAAGCAAUCACAACAAUAAUCCAAUGCAUUAUGCCGAUAAUGAUAGAAAAUGUUAGAACUUUUGGUCACAAUACGGGGGUUUAGAAUAGGCACUAUCACGUGUGAUCAUGAUCCCCAAGUCGACAACCCUGAGGGUUUUGGCCGAAAGCGGACAAUAUCUUGUAAAAAACAAGAUUUGGUAUGUUACAAAAAGUUUGUUUGCAUAUGGGUAAGAUUUUUAACAAAAAAAGAAACAUUACAAUUUUGU